AUGGAAGUUGCUAGUGAUGAUAAUGACAACAUACUCAAUCUGGUCAUUGGUGCAAUCUCACUUAACAUCAAGAGAAGCCUGUGUUGGUUCACAGAAAAUUGGAUACACAUAGACCCACAUGCAUUACCUAAGAAGGACAAUAAGGCCACUGAUAGUAGUGUUACACCACACAAUAGUCAAUUACAAAGCUCUAAGUGGACCAGAGAUGGCUUACUGGAGCAUAUCAUUAAACUUGUAACCCAGGGAAAUCUUCCUUUCACCAUGAUUGAAAAAGAAGCCUUCUAUGCUGUUCUCAAAUUUCAACUUGAAAGGCCACAGACUAAAGACUCUGUUGUACCUGAUUGCACCACUCUUUGUGAGGCUAUCCUUUCAAAAACAUUGAAGGUUAAAGGGAAACUUUGGGUUAUGUUUAAAGAAAUUCCUGGACAGAUGUCAAUUACCUUUAAUGCUUGGACAUUAAAAGCAUUUGACCCAUAUUUAGCUAUAACCCAAAUAGUUUGGAAUGAAUUGCUCAUCAGUGUAGAGCCAGAUCAAUAUUGUAAGGUCAAAGUUUCAGAAGAUAAAGACUUGGAGGAUGUAGAUAUUGAAGAUUGGCUUAAUGAGUGGGGUCCUACUCUUGGAGAUGAUUAUCUUGUUGAGGAUGAGGAUUAUGAUGCAGGGGAUCUCUUUGAAAAGGUCAGAGCAUCACCACAGGUAAAGUCAUACUUUGUUAAAGUGUGCAAAGAGGAGAAUAUUGCUCCAUUGGAGUUAGUUAAGUGGGUUAGAACUUAA